UGCAAGUUCAAGAAAGUUGUACUGUUGCAAUUGGUAAAUUCAAGCCAUGGUGGCAAGUCCAAGUUGAAACUAAUAGAAUUAGAGUUGAGAAUGGAGGAAACAAAUUACCUGGUGAUGUUGAAGAAAAUUGUGGAAACAGUGGGCACUUGGCUUGUUUGUGUCCGUUUAUGAAAGAUCAAGAUCAUGAUUUAAGUUUGAAUAAUAAGUUGAUUAAAUUAUGUUAUGUUGAUGAUGAAUUUGCAGAAACAUUAAUUAGAGUUAGUUUAAAUAUAAAUAAAAUAAGUGUGAAGUAUGCUAAAAGAGUUAGAUUUAUCUGGAAACGUCUAAAUAAGAGAAACAAUAGUCAUAUAGAUGAUGGUUGUAUUGGAUUUAUUCAUAGUGUUGAAGUUGUCAUUAACGAUAUGAAGUUUUUUCAAAAAUUCUAUGUAAUAAAAGAUUUGUCUGUUGAUGUGGUUUUUGGAAUGCUAUGGUUUGUAGCAUUUAGAUAUAGAUGUGAAUCAAUGAAGAAUAGUGACAAUAAUAUUGAUUUUGUAAGAAUAGAGAAUAGAAAUGUUGAAGACCCAAAAGGCCAAGAACGUGAGUUCAAUGAUGUUGUGGAUGUUAGAUGUAUAGAUUUUAAUAAAUCAAAUCAAGCAAAUGAGAUAAAAAUAGAGUACAAAUCUGUGGUAUUUGAUGAUGAUAAAACAAAGAGCAAAAUUAAUAGGUCCUACGAAGAUAUGUAA